AUGGCGCCGGCCGCGCUGGGCUCUGAGGCACGCCUCAGCCUGGCCGCCUUCCUGCUAGGCGCCUCGGUGGUGGUGCUGCCGCUGCUCACGCGCUCCGGCCUGCAGGCCCGCACGGUGCUGGCGCUGUACGUGGCGGCGCUCAACGCGCUCCUGCUGCUGCUCUACCGUCCGCCGCCGCGUUACCAGAUAGCCAUCCGGGCCUGUUUUCUUGGCUUUGUCUUCGGAUGUGGUUUGCUGCUAAGUUUUAGCCAGUCUUCUUGGAGUCACUUUGGCUGGUAUAUGUGCUCCUUGUCAUUAUUCCAUUACUCAGAGUAUUUAGUGACAGCAGUCAACAAUCCCAAAAGUCUCUCCCUGGACUCCUUUCUUCUGAACCAUAGUCUGGAGUAUACAGUAGCUGCUGUCUCUUCUUGGAUAGAGUUCACAGUUGAAAAUUAUUUUUGGCCAGAAAUGAAGCAGAUAACAUGGCUCAGUGUCACUGGGCUACUUAUGGUGAUCUUUGGGGAGUGUCUUCGGAAAGCUGCCAUGUUUACAGCUGGUUCCAACUUCAACCAUGUUGUUCAGAAUGAGAAAUCAGAGACACACACACUGGUGACAAGUGGUGUGUAUGCUUGGUUCAGGCACCCUUCUUAUGUCGGAUGGUUUUACUGGAGUAUUGGAACCCAGGUCAUGCUCUGUAACCCAAUCUGCGGUGUUGCAUAUGCUUUGACAGUUUGGCGAUUUUUUCGAGAUCGAACUGAAGAGGAGGAAAUCUCAUUGAUCCACUUUUUUGGAGAAGAAUACCUAGAUUAUAAAAAGAAGGUGCCAACAGGCCUACCUUUUAUUAAAGGAGUUAAAGUAGAGCUUUAACACAAGGCAUGGCAUGAAGGGUGAUGGUGUCUCUGGUUCCGUUAGGCCAGGCGAGGUGACCUCCAGCUCUGGGCAGCAUGAGGAAAGGAGCCAUGUAUGCUUCUGUAUUCGGAAGCAAAAGGUUUAGUAGUCAUUUUGUAUUUUACCAGUUAUCCUAUGGAGAAGCACGAAGGGCUGGGUAGUCAGAAGGCUUUUAAUGGAUCUGAGAAGAUAACAGAGAUCCAUCUUUAUCCUUGGCCGUGGUAGGUAGGACUUCUAGCUCAAAGUAAACCAGGAGGAAGUGACUUCAUCUUCUCUGAUGGUGUUCCUCAGAAGGAACUUGGUGACAAGCUUCCUAGUGUCUCAUUUGCCCACCGGAGAGGAACUGAAGAAUCUCUGCAACAAAAAUUGAUUAACUGCUUCCCAAUAGUAAUGUUAUGAA